AUGCAAUACAAAAAAACUUUAGCUACCGCUGCCUUGGCUACUUCUGCCAUGGCUGCUUACGUUCCAACUGAACCAUGGUCCACUUUAACCCCAUCUGGCACUUACAGUGGCGGUUUGACUGACUACGCUUCCACCUUCGGUAUUGCCGUCGUUGGAAUCUCCACUCCUGCAGCUAAGGCCACAUCUUCAGUUGCUAAGAGAGAUGUAGUUUCCCAAAUUGGUGACGGUCAAAUCCAAGCUGCUACUGCCACCAAGGCUGCUGUUUCCCAAAUUGGUGACGGUCAAAUCCAAGCUGCUAAGACUACUAAGGCUGCUGUCUCUCAAAUAGGUGACGGUCAAAUUCAAGCUGCUAAGACUACUAAGGCUGCUGUUUCCCAAAUUGGUGAUGGUCAAAUCCAAGCUGCCAAAACCACCAAGGCUGCUGUCUCUCAAAUAGGUGACGGUCAAAUUCAAGCUGCUAAGACUACUAAGGCUGCUGUUUCCCAAAUUGGUGAUGGUCAAAUCCAAGCUGCCAAAACCACCAAGGCUGCUGCUUCCCAAAUUGGUGACGGUCAAGUUCAAGCUGCUACUAAGUCUGCUGCUGCUCAAGUCGGUGACGGUCAAGUCACUAGUGGCAAAUCUACCGAUCCUGUCACAGCCGUUUCCUGUAAGGUCGAUGGUACAUUAUCUAUGACCUUAAAGGAUGGUAUACUAACCGAUAGCAGAGGUAGAAUCGGUUCUAUUGUUGCCAACAGACAAUUCCAAUUCGAUGGUCCACCACCACAAGCUGGUGCCAUCUACGCUGCUGGUUGGUCUAUCACACCAGAAGGUAACUUAGCUUUAGGUAACAAUGAUGUCUUCUACCAAUGUCUAUCUGGAGACUUCUACAACUUAUACGACGAAUCAAUUGGUGCUCAAUGUCAUCCAGUUUACUUACAAGCUAUUGACUUGGUAUCCUGUUAA